ACACAACCACUCUUUCAGGUUCAGGCAGCGAAUACAUUUUCGCAGUGGUAAAAGUCACCAUUUGAAAACUCCCCGUAGUAUUAUGGCAAAGUUUCAUCCCUCUGGCCGUGUGAUCAAAUCAUUAUCACUCCAUUUGUUCCAUUAAAUUAGGUAAAUUAAAUGAAGUAAUAGUUUUUUUUUAUUCCCUAAAGUCGGUGCACAGCUGUACCAGGCAGUUGCUGUGACCGUCUCUGUCCGGCAGUCCGCAGGUGUUUGAAGCAGCAGGUACAGUAAAACCCGCGCGCCACGUCUCAGCCAAUCAGAAUCCAGAGUCCAGAUCCGUCGAGACCAUGGAGGAUUUUCAGGAGUAUAUCAGCGCGCGGAGGCUCCACACACGGCUCAAUGUGUCCCUGCACCAGCCAGCAGCCUUCACCUUCUAUCCACCCUGAGGAAAGUUUUAAGAUGAAGUCCUUCGUCCCGUUGCUGCUCCUUUCCCUCUGCUGCAGUCCGGGUUCGGUUGGCUCCGUUUCGGCUGUGGAGGACGCGUACAGCGCGGUGGUCGGCGUCGUGUCUCCGGGACAGCGCUUUCUGACCGGGGAGUCCCUUCGCCUCCUCUUUAAUACCCUGCAGAAGCGUGUGCAGUGCGGCGAGGUGCCGUGUGAAAAGUGUGACCUGGCAGGUGCUGUUCAUCAGCUCAUCGGGAAUCACUCCAUCCAUGAGACGCAAGAAAAUGGGAACACAACCGUCAGCGUGUCUCAGUUCCCGGCGCUCGCUGCAGGCAGCGUCCUGUACCUCUCCUCGCCUGGCUUGGUCUGCGCUGCGAUAGGACAGGGGAGGUGGGCAGACGAGACGGAGCUUUUCCAACACAAAUACACCCACUCUGACCACCACGAACACUCACAUAAUCACAUGAACGCUCUUGGAUUAGAGGGCGUGAUUCACGAGCUGUACAAGCACUAUGAGCCCUCGGAUAAUAAGAGCUGUCUAACGGCUGGUGACAUCAUGAUGGAGGUCAACCCAUUGUUGACACAUCUGGACCAGGAAGUGGGUGCGGUUUUGGGGCGUGUCCUGUACCACGCCCUGCUUGGUCACCGCUUCGGUGCUCAGUCCCUGCCUGACGAGAGCUUCUUCCUGGAUUACAUUAUGACUCAAGCUGGUUCCAAAAAUUUCACAGUUCAUGAGUUAGAGGUUCUCAUGAGAAACCUGAACAUUGGACCAAAGGAAGACCAUGACCAUGAUCAUGACCAUGACCAUGGACAUGGCCAUAAUGAGGAUGUAGAUCAUCAUCGGAGGAAGCGGAGUCAACAUCAGCGUCAUGUAGGGCAUAAAAGCAACCCCUGGGAGUAUCACUGUUUCACAGCUGAAGAUCUGGUCCGAAUCUAUGGUCUCUCUGAGAAUAGUUCUGGCAUGGGUCUAUCUGGCAUUGCAAAGGUCAGCCCUGCACUGGUUCAGCAGAUCCUGAGUGGAUCAUGCUCAAACCAAACAGGACCAGUCACCCCAGAUGGGCUCUCCAGGAGUGACAAAUACCUCUAUGCGACCCUCGCCAAUGUAAUCAUUACCCUCACCGCCAUGUUUGGCAUCGUGGUGCUGCUGUGCACCUCGUGCACCAAUGUUUUCCAGUUGUGUAUCCAGUUCUGCAUCAGCAUGGCUGUAGGUUCGCUGUCUGGAGAUGCUCUGCUGCACCUCAUACCAAUGAUUCUGGGUCUACAUGUUCACUCAGAGGACCAGGAUCAUGAACACAAAGAAACUCCAGACUAUACAUUCAAAAUGCUGGCUGUGAUUGGUGGGAUCUACAUAUUUUACCUCAUGGAAACUAUCUUCACAAUGAUCACAAAUGAAAGCAAUCAUCAUCAUCAUCAUCAUGGGGAGGAAUCGAACCCUCACCACUGUGACCAUGUUGGAGUUUUAGAGAUGUAUCAACAGGAAAGAAAACAGAAAGAAAAGUCUCAAUCAUCAUCAAAGUCAGAUCUGGUUGAUAAUGAAGACAGUGACGAAAAAAUGAAUUCAGGCCUGAAAAAGCAGAGAAGAGAAAGGCGCCUGCUGCCUUACAUGAUAACCAUUGGUGACGGGAUACACAACUUUGCGGACGGAUUAGCAAUAGGUGCGGCUUUCUCUAUGUCGUGGAAGUCCGGUCUGGCCACAUCGCUGGCUGUGCUCUGCCAUGAACUCCCUCAUGAACUCGGUGAUUUUGCCAUCCUGCUCCACAGCGGCUUGUCUGUUCGAAAGGCGUUGCUUCUUAACCUGGGCAGCGCCCUGACCUCAUUUAUUGGGCUGUAUAUCUCUCUGUCUGUAGCCACUGACCUUGCAACCCAACAGUGGAUAGGUGCAGUAGCUACAGGACUCUUUCUGUAUGUUGGACUUGCUGAUAUGCUCCCCACGUUGGUCCAUGUCAGCAGCAAGAGGCCGUGGCAGACGUUUUUGCUUCAGAAUGCCGGCGUGCUAACGGGCUGGACUAUCCUGCUGUUACUGUCGCUGUAUGAGGACAAGAUCAGCUUUUAAUAGAUUUAAUUUUAAGAAAUUAGCCUUUUCUAAUGAUUCACCUUGUUUCUGAAAAACAGCAUAAAGAAUUUGGACAGAAAAACAAAUUUACAUUUUAGGGAUCUGAAUAUUUUCUCAAAGUGAUCACAAGGGGACAAGAAUAGACACUGACUGAUGUAAACGAAGAAUAGCCACAGGCUCCACACAUCCUAUCCACUGGUCCAUUAAUUUAUUCAUAUUGAAGACUCAGAGGGUGGAGGAUGGGGUUACUUCCUGGAUAGGUUGGAAAAUCCAUUAGUGGCCCCCCUUGUGUCCACUGUCAUCUUAUUUUGGUCCCCUUCUUACCGGAUAAAGACCACAGCACAUAAUUAAAAAUCAACUAAGUUGUGGGUGGUCUGCAGGAUCUUGGAGAGGUCUACUAUAAUGCUUAACAAAGCAUGAGAUUUCUCAGGCUGUGUUAAGCAUGUGCAAAAAGUUCAUGGUGGCUCAUGAGUGACAGCAUGUCUGUUCUAGGGUGCUACAUUGAGGCUUGAUAGCAGCAGUGGUAGAUCUUCCAUGAUGCAUGGCCAGCAUACCCGUGUAGCCACUUAGCAGUUUAAAUAAUUUCCUUUUACAGCCCUCAGUGUAGCUCAUUGUAAUGCUUUUGGUACCAUGGAUGCUGUGCAUAUCUUGCCCCGCCACUCCAAUGGCUGCAACAAAAGGGAUCUCACUUAACAGCUGAAACAAACAAUAAGCAAAAACACAAACAUCAACACGCUGCUACUUACAUUUUUUCCAAUUAAUCACUACAUUCUGUAAAAGGUCUCCCAACUAGAGAGAAGCACACACGUCUCCAAAUUGUGCAUAUAGGCUGAAUGUUGAAAGAUUUAGGAAGACUUCCUAGUUUUUCAGGGUGUAGUUAAAAUUCAAAAUGCAUUUGGCACCUAUCAAAGAGAAGCCAAGGUAUUGUGUUUAGCAAUGAUCCAAGUAGAGAAAAAAGUGUGCGCAGCAGCUUAUGGGAUUUAUGAUAUAACUUUGCAAUAGCAUAAACAAAACUCAUUAAAAAAAAUAGCAACUCCAGGCUUUGGACCCUCUGUGUGAUAAGCCUGGAGUAAUGUUCCGUCUGACUGCACCUAUCAAGCUAUGCACGCAGAACGCUACAAGGUAAAGUUACUGUAUAACAUGGCAGGCUCAGCAGUGCACAGUAAUCUGUAAAGAAAUCUCUCUCAUAUGCAUCAUCAUGCUUUGAGCAAUCUGAUGAAAAUACUGAUCGAGUUUUUUCCCCCAACUAUAAGACUGAAACUGAUGGUGGAGGUGCAGAAACUUCCAAUAUUUACAAAGAAACUUAACAGAUUGUAAGAAACUGGGAGAUUAGCCUGGAAAGCAGCAGUGGAAGCCUGUGAAUCGACGAUAAAGGGCUCAGGAGCAUUCUGCUGGAACUUAAAAUGAAGUUUUCCAAAUUUGCCACAAUCCUGCAGGAUUCAAGUAGCUAUGGAAAGCCUGGAGACCAUAGGGCAGUUCCAAUCUGGUGCAAAAAUGGCCUUAAUUAUCUUGGGUCAUGCAAAUACCCAAAACAUAAAUCUGCCAAAUGAAAGGUUUACCGGCUGUUUGAAUGAGCUGUAUCAAAGUAGCAGAAUAUAUUUUGAACGUUCAGGUUAAAAUUUAAACCAUGUUGAUAUGAAAAUAAAUUUAUCUUUUGAUGCUGCUUUUGUUGGUCUUUGCUGCUCAGAGGAUGUUUUCCUAACAUUUUAAUGAAAUGUUUUUAAGCCAUUUUCUUUGCCGAAUGCCUUUUUGAUGAUCUGUUUUGGUUUGUCUGUUGUGAACCAGUUCCAUGUUUUUGUACUAAUAGUUUUUUUUAAAUGAAUAAAUAAACUGUUUUUACUAAUGAAUGAUGAAUAUACAUAUAUAUAUAAAUUUGUUAAAUGUGUUCACAUUAAAUGUAUUAUUGAGAGCAACUGUUUACUUUCUCUAUAACGGGCCCUCAGAUCAUCAGUACCACUGGCGCGAUAUGAAU